UCAUAACAAGCUGUCAGUGGAAAAUUCUAAAAUAUAAGUCGCACAAAGAUUCGUCGCGUACGGAGAAAUGGUUCCGCCUUUUGGCCAAAAUAUAGGUUUUACAUAGCAGUAACCUUCGACUAUAGGUGAAAAUGGUGCAAUAUUCAAUAAUUGUUCUACUGGUGGCCUUGUGCGGCGCUUACGGAAUAGGCUACGAGAAAUAUGAUUUGGUUAGCUCCGAAAUAUGCUACGAGCGGCGCUACUCCCUGUUAGCCCAUUUCGAUUCUCUGCUAGAUUCGAAAAAGUUGGUCCGACUUAUGCCCGACUUUGGCACGGGGGUGAUGUACGGGCAGAGCUGGAACUCGUCUUCCUUCAAACGCUACAGCGAGUGCAAAUUCACGCUACAGGCACUGCCGGGCCACGGGCUGUUCCUGACGGUGCGCAAGCUGAACAUGCGCCAGGACGCGAAGGGCGUCUGCAUCGACACGGUAACGGUGAAGCAGAGCAACAGCAAGAAGGUCAAGUUCUGCUACACGCCAAAGGAUGUGCCAAGAAGCUUCGCCGAUCCGUCCUACCUGAAGAUAACGAUACGGUUGGACCACUUUGCCCCGCUGCCAACGGUGGAGGACUCGCUGUACAUACAGCUGGUGGCGACGCAAAAGCGCGAGUGCAGCGGGAGCAAGGACGAGCUGCGGUGUGAUCCGUUCGGGGCGCAAUCGUGCAUACACAAAUCGUUCGCCAACGAUGGUACGAUCAACUGUCCGAACUGCAUCGACGAACCGAGCUGCGAGCAGGAACCGGUCGAGAUACUGAGUGUCAGCAACAACAAGGAGAAGGUGGUGCUGACCGCGUUCGUGUCGCUCAUCCUGACGGCCAUCAUCUUUUGCGCCUGUUUUCUGUGCCUUUACAAGAGCCGCCAGUGGGUGCCGCUGUGUGGCGCCGGUAACGGUGGCAGUGGUGGAAGCGGUAGCCGCGAUCACGUCAACCGCACCGGGCGUGGCCGCGCACAGCAGCACGGUCGGGGCGGCAACAUUGUCGCUGGCUUACACUCAAUCGAACUGCGCGGCUCCUCGAACGAUGACCUGCGACCGUCCGCUCCGUCCAUGGAGGAAAAGGAUCUGCCGCCCAGCUACGAUGCCCUGUUUCCUACCACCGCAGUUGCCUCCGGCACUUCCGGGCCGACGACAGUUUCGGCGGCCACCUCGCCCACCAUACCGAAGUCUGCCAGCAUGGACCGGGAAGCGGAAGAGGACCGUACGAAGUAACGUGUAACCUGUCCCGGACACAACUUGGGGUAGCGUCCACUCUCGCAUUUCGUUGCGCUCAAUGUUGAUGUACAUAAGCUUUAAAACGUUACGAUCACGUAGGAUAGAAUUUUGUUCGUAAGGGGUGUUUAGAGGUAGUGAAAUCAUGACGCGACCCGACCGUACGACGACGACUACGAUGAAGAUGAAAAUUACUAUAGCUGUUUAAGGUGAGAAGGCUGGACACUCCUGCUAGUAUUAAACCAAAAUUCGCGCGCAAAUUGUUUCGUCCACGACCACAGACGGUAUUAUAAUCUAAUCUCCCAAUGUUUUGCGCAUUCGUGAGUCAGCAUUACUUAAUCUGGUUAUACUACUUCUGUAGCGAAAUCGAUUAUAGAGACGGAAUCUCCUCGAUCGAGCCCAGCCAAGCGCGCGUUUAGUAAAUGUGUCAGCAUUUACGUAUAUAAAUAAAUAUACAUUUAAAAACUGACCAGCAGCAGCUGCUUGAGUAUAACGAAACGCGCCAGAACCGUACUUUAGAUCUAUUUAUUACUCUAAUAUUCGCGUGGUGGGUCGAUUACCGCAUACCACGACUCAUCAUACCCUUACUUCCCGCGAUCCUGCUCUACUACACGCCCGUUUUGUGCGUUGCCUAAUAUUGUUGAUCUAAGGAACCUGGGCGUGGAUGAAGUGUUAUUUUGAAAAUAAAACCUACUCACAGAAAAGUGGUGACAAAUUUGA